AUGACGCUUUCCGCUCCCGCCAUCUCCGCGCCGGCGCUUUUCCGCGCGCUGGCGCUCGCGCCGAGAGUCACGGCGCUUUCUCUGGAGGCGAACGCCGUCGAUUUCUACGACGACGAGUUCCUGUCUCGCCUGCUCUCCGCGCGCCCCCAGCUCGCCCGCCUCAGCAUCGCCCCUCCCCGCUUCACCGGAACCCCGCACUUUCGAAUCGGCACGAAAGCUGUCGAGAAUUUCUUCCGCCUCGCCUCGUCGCGCCUGCAAGAGCUCUCGCUGCGCGAAUGCCUCGGCCACACGACGAAGCUCCUUGCUUCCGUCGCGUCGCUGUCGUCGCUGCGCGUGUUCCGCCUCCACUCCAAGGUUCUCCGCUCGCUGCCCGACGAGAUGUGCCGGCUGUCUGCCCUGCAGGAACUUUAUCUAAGCUGCCCGUUGCUGCAGCAGCUGCCCGAAAAUUUUGGCCGGCUAAAGAGCCUGGAGCACCUUUCGUUUACAGACUGCACAGAAAUGCGGCGCCUGCCAGACUCGCUCGGCGAUCUCGCCUCGCUCACCUCUCUCCACAUCGACGGCUCGUGGCAGGUCGAUCGCUUCCCGCCUCGCGUCGGCGCGCUGCAGCAGAUGCGGCGACUGGAGCUGCGAAACUUCACUGGCGCGUCGUUACCAGACGCAUGCGAGAAAUGGGCGAAACUCGAAAACGUAACUCUGGAUUCGUGCGCCGACAUGGGCGCUUUCCAGCUCGCGUCCGUACACUCCCUCACACAUCUCACCAUCAGUGCCUGCUAUAGGCUCCAGUCGCUCACACCCAACCUGCCCUUCGCGUCGGCAUUGCGCCAUCUAACAAUCGGCGUUAGUGUCUUUCCCGGCGUAUCCCUCGAGUCGCUAAGCAAUCUCGUAUGUUUGGAGCGGCUCGAGGUGUCAAGCGUCGACCCGACGGAGCGCUUUCCCGAGGCGCUCUUCGCGCUGCCGUCGCUGGCGUACGUGAAAGCGGGGUACGUGUCGUGGGUGGAAGCAGACCACGUGGCGGCCUGGGAGGAGGCGAGGGAGCUCGCCGCGCUCUUCACGUACCCAGCACCGUAUCAUCCCACUGCCGCCGCCGCCGCCGCCGCCGCCGCCGCCGCCGCAGCAGCCGCAGCCACACCAGCCGCCACCGCAGCAGCAGCAGCAGCAGCAGCAGCAGCAGGUGGUGGAGAGACGGGCUCCGUUUCGCCGCUGGGCCCGUCUCUGAAGCAUCUGAGCAUGCGCUUCGGCAACCUGUUGUACGGCCGGAGUGGCGACAGGCUCUCCGCGCGCCUGUGCUCGCUGCUCUCCCUCACGCACCUCUCCAUCGACUGCCUCUCCUCCUCCUCCCUCCUCCCCUCCGACCUCGGUCAUCUCACCAACCUGCGCUCGCUCUCCCUCCGCGGCACCUGGCUCUGCCUGCCGAACUCGCUCUCCCGCCUCGCCCCGUGCCUGCAAUCCCUGAAACUUAACUACAGCGGCGACAACUACGCGGAUACCUUCCGCCGGGACCUCCCGUCCUGUCUCGCGCGUCUCACCUCCCUCACGCACCUCCACCUCUGCAACAUGCACGUCCCAUCCCCCCCGCCUGCCUUUGCGCGCCUGCGCGCCCUCCGCACGUUGCGCAUAGAGUACGACAGCGGUGGCCCCACGCACGUGUCGCUUCCACAAAACCUCGGCCAGCUGGCAGCGUUGGAGUGGCUGGAGCUGAAGGACUGCUCCGUGGGAGCUGCGCUUCCGCAGUCAUUCUGUGACCUCAGCGCCCUGCGGCGUCUCCACCUCAGUAGUGACUCCUUGAAGCGCUUUCCCAAGGAGAUCUCUAAGCUGUCUCGCCUGGAAGAGCUCUCUCUUGGCUGGUGCAUGAACCUGGAAACCCUGUCCCCUGGGUUUGGCCGCCUGGGAUCACUGAAGAAGUUGAGCAUUCGCAGUGGGCGGAAUGACUAUCUGCCUGACACCCUUAGCGGCUUAUCAUCCCUAGAGGAGCUCUCCUUGAGUGAUUGCUCUCACAGUUUCCGCCUGCCUCCCUCCUUCUGCCUCCUCCCUCGCCUGCUCUCGCUUACUCUCACCAGCUGCAACGAUCUCACCACCCUGCCGUCCAACUUCGGCUCGCUAUGCUCCCUGCAGCGCCUCUCUGUCGACUCGUGCAAGAAGUUCCACCAUCUGCCCGAUUCCUUUUCCGCCCUUUCCUCCCUCACCUUUCUCACCAUCUCCAAGUGCCCGGUAUUUUCCUCCCUCCCUGAGACAUUUGGGUUGCUGCCCCGCCUAACCCGCCUCCGAAUUGUCGAAUGCGACUCAUUCACGCACCUUCCUGGCUCCUUCUCUUCCCUGCCUGCGCUCCGAGAGGCGUGCUUCAGCCUCUGCAAGCAGCUGCACUCCCUCCCGCCCACCCUUGGCAAGCUGCCGCGCUUAGAAGUGCUUCAGUUGAGGGAGUGUGAGGCGCUCAAGUCACUGCCGGGGUCGCUCAGGCAGGCGAGGGCGCUGAGGCAUGUGGAUGUGUAUGGCAGUGGGGUGUCCGAGAAAGGGGUGGUGGAGUCACAGUUUUCCGAACUCCGCGGUCCCGAUCGGCGCGAGAUGACGCUUUCCGCCCCCGCGGUCUCCGCGCCGGCGCUCUUCCGCGCGCUGGCGCUCGCGCCGAGCGUCACGGCGCUUUCUCUGGAGGCGAACGCCGUCGAUUUCUACGACGACGAGUUCCUGUCUCGCCUGCUCUCCGCGCGCCCUCAGCUCGCCCGCCUCAGCAUCGCCCCUCCCCGCUUCACCGGAGCGCCCCACUUUCGAAUCGGCACGAAAGCUGUCGAGAAUUUCUUCCGCCUCGCGUCAUCGCGCCUGCAAGAGCUCUCGCUGCGCGAAUGCUUCGGCCACACGACGAAGCUUCCUGCUUCAGUCGCGUCGCUGUCGUCGCUGCGCGUGUUCCGCCUGUGCUCCAAGGUUCUCCGCUCGCUGCCCGACGAAAUGUGUCGGCUGUCUUCCUUGCAAGAACUUUACCUGAGCUGCCCGUUGCUGCAGCAGCUGCCCGAGAAUUUCGGUCGGCUAACGAGGCUGGAGCACCUCUCGUUUACAGGCUGCAAGGAAAUGCGGCGAUUGCCUGACUCGCUCGGCGAUCUCGCCUCGCUCACCUCUCUCCACGUCGACGGCUCGUGGCAGGUCGAUCGCUUCCCGCCUCGCGUCGGCGCGCUGCAGCAGAUGCGGCGACUGGAGCUGCGAAACUUCAACGGCGCGUUACCAGUGGAAUGCGAAAACUGGGCGAACCUCGAGCAAGUCACUCUCUCUUCUUGCGGCGAAAUGCGCACUUUCCACCUCGCAUCAGUGCACGCGCUCACGCACCUCACCAUCAGCUUCUGCGGGGAGCUCCCACCCAUACUGCCCUUCGCGACAGCAUUGCGCCAACUAAAGAUCAACUAUGUCAGCUCCAACGUAUCCCUCGAGCCGCUAAGUCAGCUCAUAUCUCUGGAGCGGCUGGAGUUGGCAAGCUACAACCACGAGGAGCGCGUUCCCGAGGCGAUCUUCACGCUGCCGUCGCUGGCGUACGUGAAUAUGCGCUACUUCGUGUGGGUGGAACCUCAUGACGUGACGGCGGUGGAGAACACGACGGGGUACGUCGCACGGAAUCAUCCCGCUGCUGCCGCCGCAGACGCAGACGCAGACGCAGACGCAGACGCAGACUCAGACGCAGACGCAGCAGCAUCAGCAGCCGCAGCAGGGCACCACUCGGCACUCGGCCCGUCGCUGAAGCAUCUCACCAUGUACUUGGGCAGCCUGGGGUACGGCAGGAGAAGCAUCACGCUGUCCGCGCGUCUGUGCUCGCUGCUCUCCCUCACGCACCUCUCCAUCGACAGACUCUCCUCGUCCCUCAUACUCCCCUCGGAUCUAGGCCAUCUCACCAACCUGCGCUCUCUCUCCCUUGGCGGCAAGAGCUCGAAUGCCUUUCAGCGCGCGUUCCCUUCCUUUCUCACGGACCUCACCUCUUUCACACACCUCCGCCUCCACAACAUGCACCUUCCCUCCUCCCUGCCUGGCGUUGCGCGCCUACUCGCCCACCGCACGCUACACAUAGAGUACGACUGGCACCACUGCAGCCACGUGUCGCUUCCAGAAGAUCUGGGCCAGCUGGCAGCCUUGGAGUGGCUGGAGCUGAGAGGCUGCUCUUUGAGCGAUGGGCUUCCGCGAACUCUCUGUGACCUGACCUCCCUGCGCCGCCUGUUCAUUGGUAGCAAAGCCCUAAAGCAGGUGCCCACAGAGAUUUGUCAGUUGUCGCGCCUGGAAGAGCUCACUCUUGACUUGUGCGACAGCCUGGAAGCCCUACCUCCGGGGUUUGGCUGCCUGAGAUCACUGAAGAAGCUGCAUAUUCGUGGUGGGUUGAGAUAUCCUCUGCCUGACACUCUGGGAGGCUUAUCCUCGCUUGAGGAGGUCUCUUUUGGCUCGCUGUUCUCACGGUUUCAGCCUGCCUCCCUCCUUCUGCCUCCUCCCUCGUCUGCACACGCUUACUCUUACCCACUGCGAUGA